AUGAAUUUCUCUCUGAUCACUAUAUUACUUCUAUUCUCCCUGCAAAAGUCGUUUGGAGCCCUACAAUGUUUACGAUGUUCUGAUACCUUUGAGCCACGACUGUGUAACCGGAUAGAAGUAUGCAACAAAGGAGAGGUAUGUGGGGUACGUCUGUACCGAUCUGAUAAUGGCGAUGUCAGCUACUGGACCGGGUGUAUGUCAUCUCUGGAUUGUACUAAAACUAUAAACAGAACAGUUGUUCACCCUAAGCGUGACGGAUCCUCCCACAUCCCAGGCCAGCUGUUAUGUACAGACUGCUGUGUGGGGGACAUGUGUAACAGCGAGGGAUGUGGGGCAGACGGGUAUCCCAUCUCCAGGGGGCCAUUGUGUUACGACUGUCGUGAUAUCCACGCCCCUGGUGAUUGCCACAAGAUAGUACCAUCUAAUUCCGUUGGUGGCUCCACCACUCCAGGUACAGUGAUGUCAUCAUCAUCAGCAGCCCCCUACACGUCCUACAGCGUGGCCUUCUUCACACAAAACAAUCAAACCGUCACCGGGCCAGGAUCAAGGGAUAUAAUCUUCGACCAGACUGCCAUUAAUAUUGGGGGCGGAUAUGCCAGUAGCACGGGGAUAUUUUUGUGUCCCCAAGCAGGCUUAUAUAUGUUUGCAUGGGGAAUAGUUUCACACGGAAAUGGGGUCGACACCAGUUUGAUGAAAAAUGGGUAUCCCGUGGGUGUCGCAGCGAUAACUGAUCCGAAGGCUUCCACGGUUGACGAUUCGAGCACCUCCUUUGCAGUACUUCGUUUGAACAAGAAUGAUAAAAUAAAUGUGCAUCAAUUUUCUGGAAGCAGAACCAUCAGCAGUUUUUUUGCGGGCUGGAAAAUUUACGAUGGGCCACUAGAUAGAAAUAUCGAUGCAUUUACAACUGCUCUGAACCAUUCAAGCUACAGCUCAACAACAGUUCCGUUUAACAGCGUCAUAUUUGAUAACAAGGGAAGUUAUCGUACUGGCAACCAAACGUUUGUUGCAGAUAGUCCCGGUUUAUAUGUUUUUGGUGUUUCGGGACAACAGUCUGGUUCUCAGUACGACGAUCUACAAAUUAAAGUUAAUGCAGCACAAAAACUUAACACCUUUCCCGACUCAGAGAGCGGACAUUCUGAUUCCGGGGCGACUCUGGCUGUCUUAAACCUCAAUUCUCAUGACAAUGUUAAUAUUGGAGGCCGUCAUUAUGUUGGCUACAGGGGAACUACAGCGUUUUCGGGAUAUAAAAUUGCAAACGUCACAACUCCGGCAUUUACAGCGGUGCUCACGUCGGAUAGUACGAGUACUAUUGUCCCAUUCAGUGACGUGUUAUUAGACACCCAUCAUGACUUUAAUCGUUUGACGGGGGUAUUCACGUGCAGUGUUAGUGGAACCUACCUCUUCACGUGGACGGUUGAGACAAACGGGGCUGAACUAGAAACACAGCUGAUAAUUCAGAGAAAAGUGGGUUCUCAGAUAAGUGGUCCAAAAACUUUUGGAGAGGAAACUAAGGGAGAUGAAUACGACAGCAGCACGGGGGUGUUUAUCUACGGUCUAUCCACGGGGGACACUGUUAGUAUAAGACGUGUGCGCGGGAAAGUAGAGGGAAGCUACUCCUCAUUCUCUGGAUGGUUGUUGUUCUAGUUAAUGGUAUUGAGAAGAAAAAUAAAACGAAGAUAUUUAAA